AAAGAAGCACACUAACACUCACUGUUGUUGUAGAUUAUCUGGCUGUAUGGUGACAGAAGAAGGUUGUGUUGCUCUGGCAUCAUCUCUGAGUUCAAACCCCUCACACCUGAGAGAGCUGGAUCUGAGCUACAAUCACCCAGGAGUUUCAGGAGUGAAGCUGCUCAACCACCUGGAAAAACUCAAUGUGGAUCAUGGAGGAGAGUUCAGGAUCACAUCAGGGCUCCACAAAUAUGCCUGUGAUCUCACACUGGAUACAAACACAGCAAACAAACACCUCAUUCUGUCUGACGAGAACAGAAAAGUGACGAGUGUGUAUGAGUAUCAGUCAUAUCCUGAUCAACCAGACAGAUUUGAUGAGUGUUAUCAGGUUCUGUGUGUUGAGAGUCUGACUGGACGCUGUUACUGGGAGACUGAAUGGAGUGGAAAUAAUGUUGAAAUAUCAGUGUCAUAUAAAGAAAUCAAGAGGAAAGGAGGGAGUUUAGACUGUGUGUUUGGACGUAAUGUGAACUCCUGGAGUCUGAUCUGCUCUGAUCAUGGAUUCACUGCCCUUCACAAUGAUAACUACACUGCUAUAUCUGCUGGUUCAGUGUCCAGUAAGAGAGUAGGAGUGUAUGUGGACGUGUCUGGUGGCACUCUGUCCUUCUACAGCGUCUCUGACACACACAAACUCACACACUUACACACAUUCACACACACAUUCACUCAAACACUACACGCUGGAUUUAGACUUCUUUAUCCAAACUCUUCAGUGUCUCUGUGUGACAUUAAACACACACAGACAUUAGUGGACACAGUGUGAGUGUAAUGAUGUGAAAGUGUUGCUGUUGUUGUGUGUGUUUUAAUCACAGGCUUCAGGAAGUUCAAUAUCAGACACACAAGACAGUUUCCUGUUUCAGAUCAUCAGGAUGAAGAUGUUUCUCCAGUCAGAGACACUUUCUGUGUUUUUGUUCUAUAAUAUUUUUCAAUUACUAUUUACAAUUUUGAUGCAAUUUUAUGAUACUAUGCAAUAUUUACAAUAUCUAAGUUUUAUGAGCUAUUUUUUUCCCAAUUAAAACAAAUUACACUUGAAAUACAACUUUAUUUUGUAUUUUAGGAAAAUUAAUAUAAUAUAUUUUUGUUCAAUAAUGUUUUUUAAUUAUUAUUUAGCAUUUUGAGUUGAUUUUAUGGUAGUAUUACAUUUUUAAAAAUUUUAAUGAACUAUUUUUCCAGUAAAAUUAAACUUUGAGUCUCUUCAUUUUUGGGUC